UGAUAUUAAAUGGACAUUGGUGAAACAGAUCGAAAACUUGGAAAUGUUGCUACUACAAGCACCAAACCAGUCGGUGCGGAUUGGAGACAGCAGGAUACUAAGUCAAAUGCUAAGUCAGAAGCUGAAACCGGCAAAAGAGACCAACCCUUUGGUGAGAUGGUCGGAGAAAAUCAAAUACUUCAUACUUGAUAACUGGCAGAGAUUAUGGAUCAUGAUGCUAUGGCUUGGCAUCUGCUGUGGCCUCUUUGCUUACAAAUUCAUUCAGUACAAGAACAAAGCUGCCUAUGACGUGAUGGGUUAUUGCGUUUGUGUCGCCAAAGGUGGCGCGGAGACUCUUAAAUUCAACAUGGCUCUCAUAUUGCUGCCUGUUUGUCGCAAUACCAUCACAUGGCUCAGGAACAAGACCAAGCUAGGUACUGUAGUUCCGUUUGAUGAUAAUCUCAACUUCCACAAGGUUAUUGCAAGCGGGAUUGUAGUAGGGGUUUUACUCCAUGCGGGUGC